CGCGUGGACUGGGCCCGCCCGCUAAUUCGGGCCCUUUUAAGGGCCUUUCCGCAAAAACUCCCCUCCUCCACGCAGAAAUCCAAAGGCUUCCUCCUCCUCUCCCUCGCGGCGGCGGCGCGGCGUCUAUCCUCCUCCACCGGCGGCAAGGCAUCUGAGCUCAACAGCAAGCAAAUGGCAGGUGGCAGAAUUGCACAUGCGACCCUCAAGGGGCCGAGCGUGGUGAAGGAGAUCUGCAUUGGGCUCACCCUUGGGCUGGUCGCUGGUGGUCUGUGGAAGAUGCAUCACUGGAACGAGCAGAGGAAGACUAGAUCCUUCUACGACAUGCUCGAGAAGGGCCAGAUCAGUGUUGUCGUCGAGGAGUAGUCUUUUGUGUUGAAAGUCUUUUGCCUUUGUUUUUUGCAAGUUAUUUCUGAAACUCUCUGGAGAGCAUGACAAAGCUAGUGCCGUGGAGAUUGUCAUGAAAAAUAAGCAUAGCAAUUUGAGAACAUUUGAUCUCGUUGAAUUUGCUUCUUUUCUUGUAUUAUCUUAAAAUCUGUCUUUAAUAUAUGCCAGUAACAGCUUAAGGGAUUGGAUGGCUUCCCCCUGACAUUAAUCUGAUUUAGUUUCUUUUGCUUA